AUGGCUAGCAAUCGUACUAUUGUUGGGCAUACUGAAUUCAAAGGCAGGAAGUCUAACUUAGUAUGCUCUCACUGCAAGAAGCCUAGUCAUUCUAUAGAUAAAUGUUAUAGAAUCACUGGCUUUUCUGUAGAUUUCAAGUUCACCAAAUCUAUAAGGCUACAAGGAGGUGUAAAGAGUAAUGCUAUUUUUGGACAUCAGGAAGGAGAUGACUACCCUCCUACCACUAUGGAUAAUGCUUCAGGUAUAAAUCAACUAAGUCAAGAUCAAUUUCCACAACUUGUUCAGCUACUUCACCAAGUUAAAGUUAGUCGGACCGAGGCUACAACUUCAGAUGUCAGUGCCAAUUCAGCUGCCCUUUCUUCUGUUAAUCAACAAGUCAUAAAUUCUGCUAUUGCUAUUCAUGAACCCAUCAAUUUUGCACAAGCUCCAGGGAUUUUUUUAUCAGUUGAUUCUUUUCUCAAAUUGGUUGCUUACUACGAUGCGGAUUGGGGUUCUUGUUUGGAUAGUAGAAGAUCCGUCAGUGGUUUUUUUAUCACUCUUGGGGGCUCAACCAUUUCGUGGAAGUCCGAGAAACAACUCUCUAUCUCAUUAUCCUCAGCUAAAGCCGGAUAUCGUUCCAUGCGAGGCGUUGUAGCAGAGUUAACUUGGCUCAAUCGUCUUCUCCUCGACAUAGGUUUUCCACCGGAGCUUCCAAUUCCAGUUCAUUCCGACAGCCAAUCAGCCAUACACAUUGCCCGCAAACCUGUCUUUCAUGAGAGAAUCAAAUAUGUGGAACUUGAUUGCCAUUUUGUCGGGCAACAAUUUCUUGUUGGUCUCAUCUCACUCUCUUAUGUGUUGGCAUCUUCUCAAAUUGAUUUGUUCACCAAGGAUCUUUCGGGAUCUUCCCAUCAAGUCAUUCUCCCCAAGUUGGGACUCCUUCCACUCCCCUCUAACUUGAGGCGGGGUGUUGAGAAUGAAAAUCACUCGACACCAUUGUUGUUACUAGAUAGAAUCAAGGAUGAAGAAAAGAAAGAGAAGAAGAAGUCAGUGACACAGAUGUUGGCGUCAAAUGCUGAUGGUUAG